AAGAUGCUCAACACAAGUCAGCAGCUUCAUACACAGAGUCACCCUCCAUCCUCCAGCAGGCCUGUGCAACUGCAGCCAGCAUGUCAAACUCGGACAGGGUUGUGUUAGCUCUAGGAGGAGCGGGCACAGUGGGCUCUGGGAUAGUGAAAGCACUGCUGGACAAAGGUUUCAAAGUCGCAGUAAUCUCCAGGGACAGCAGCCGGCUGGAGAGGCUCCAAUCAUUCGUCUCUCCCAACACAAAGGACAACCUCACCACUAUAGUGGGGAAUGUGGGGUCAGAGGAGGGAGCAGAGGAGGCGAAGCAGGCCCUGCUGAAAGCGGUGGGGAAGGUGACAGACAUCGUCUCCUCUCUGGGCUUCAGUUGGUGGCAGGGAGGACCCCCACACACCCAGUCUCUCAAAGACCUACACUGGGUAAUUGAGACAUUACUUUUCAGCACAUUUGUGUCAUGGAAGGCCUUCUUUCCCUUGGUGAGGGACGACUCCAACUGUACCUACACCUUCAUAACAGGAGGAGCAGGUGAUAAGUUGCUAAUGCCUGGUACGGGCUUCCUGACAGUCGGCUCUGCCAGCACCCUGGCCUUCUGCCAGGUUCUACGAGAGGAGUAUCCUGAGGUGCCCUGCAAACUCAACCAGGUGAAGAUCGACGCAGGUGUAGCCACUCCAGAGCGCAUGACACCUGGUUACCUGAACCACCUGGACCUGGGCGAGGCGGUUGCCACCCUUGUGGAAAGACGAAACACCUCCCACACCGUCUUCACCGUCAACUGUCCUGCAGACUUAAAAACUGUCCUUCUGGAGAGGAACCUUUAGACUUGGAAACCCUUGCUCCAGCGCUCCCUUGUUGUCACAGCGACACAUCUACACGUCUUCUGCUCCUACUCGUACUGAAUUCUCCAGAAACACAUUUCAAUUGUUUUUUGGUUCCUGUGUUUUCUUCUCCCACAAGUCUGUACCCCAUCCAUGCCCAACUUUAUGUAAAUUGUCUGUUGUUUCAACUAAUACUGUAUAAUCAGCCACCUGUUCUCAGAUUGUUAACUGUUUUCUCUGCAUGUGUUAUGUGUGAUAUGUCUGUUAAAGAAUUGCACAGGAUUUGAAAUACUCACCUUCUCAUUGCACUGCUUCUGUACAAAUAUUAUCACACAAUUCUGUUCUGUCUUCUACAUCGUUGGAAGGCAUGAUACCCAAUGUAAUCCCACCAUUACUACAUGGAUCUACUUAAUACUCUUGGUAUGAAACUAGACCUCUUAAGCCCAGACCAUUGGACAGAGCAGGUGAAGAUUGAAAGCACAGGAAGGAGGGAUUUCGAGUUCCCCACUGGUAUUUAAAAAGAAGAGGGUGUUUGGUUGUAGAUUAGCUCACCGUAUGUAUCUACAAACCUGGAGUUAAAGGUACCCUGUGGAGCUAUAGAGUAAUAUUUUGAUUUCAGAUUUUGUUCUGUAUCAGCACGCCUAACAGGACGCUUCAUAAUCUUCCACUGAUUGACAGUUGGUGGCGGUAACUGCUCAUAAACAGCAACGCUCAAGCAAAAAUCAAGGAAGAAGAUUGCUAGCUAGCAAACAAAUAUGUAAAUAAUGCAAGUUUUUAAAGACAAAAACUGACUUUGCAGAUGUUUAAUGAAGAGGGAAAUGGUAUUCAACAUGUUUUGUCAACAGAAAGCAAAGUGUAACUUUGGUUACAGGACAACUCCACAGGGUAUCUUUAACAUCUUGACAUAUGGCUAAAAGUGCAACAUGGUUGAAGAGGAGAGGCAAUACAAUACUUACACGUCAUGUCUUAAUAUGAUUAGAACUUAGGAAUAUAUGUCGACAUUUUUUAGCCCUGAGAGUUUCAGACUUGAAAAGUCUUAAAACGUUUGCGAAGUGGUGGACAUAUUAGGAAAACAGACAUUUGGCGACUGUAGUCUCAACGUAACUGAACUUUAUAAAUUGGGAUGACUGCACACACAUUCCUACAGUCUCUUCUUGAAGACAUUCAUGGUGCAGCACUUGGUUGUAAACACAAAACGGGACCGAAGUAGUUAGAAUAAAGUGUGAUGAAUGAAAAAAGAGAGUUCAAAUCCUGCAUAGUUUUGUCACUUCCACACCCCCCUUUCAGACAAUUUGACAAGCACUUUGUUGAAGCACACUAAGGUGAAAAAUUAAAGUUUAAAUAUGCAGCAUUUUGCAUUCAAGUACCAAUAAAAAAAGAUAUGUGCCACA